AUGGCUGAACAUGUAAGGCAAGCGGAGGUACCGAGGCAAACGGGCCAAGCUGCAAUGGGGGCCCUAGCCUGGGAAAUGGCGGGGGCAUUGAGAGAGUCCAUGAACAUUUUGAGGACGAAGACCCAAGCUAGGGAGAAUGCUGUGGAGACAAGGGCGAGCUUCCUCACGAGGGAGUUUUUGCGAACCAAACCGCAGGAAUUCCAUGGUGGCCCCGAGCCAAAGAAGGCGGAUGAAUGGCUUGAACAGAGAGUGAAGGCAUUCGAGAUGCUUCACAUAGAAGACAGUGAGCUUAGAGUGACUCUUGUGAGUUACUAUCUCAAAGGUGACGCAGGCCAAUGGUGGAAGUAUGCUAAUGGCCGAAUUGAACCAACAUGGGAGGCAUUUGUAGUGGCCUUCCAAGACAAGUAUCUUCCUUCCGCGGCUAGGGAGAGGUUGAAAAAGGAGUUUCAAGACCUUAAGCAACUUAACAUGUCCGUGGCCGAAUUCGAAGCGGCCUUCUCUAGUUUGUCUCGGUUUGCACCGGAGUUAGUAAUGACGGAAGAGCACCGUUGCAUUGAGUUCAAGAAGAAGUUGAGAUCCAAGAUCUUGUUCAAGGUUGCCGGGAAUAUGAUUCGAAAUUAUGACCGUCUUGUGGAAGCGGCCGCACAUGUGGAGAUUAUCGUGGAGGCUGAGAAGAAGAGAUUUCGAAAUUCGAGCGUGUUGAUAGAUACGAGUGCAUCUCAUUCAUUCGUAUAUGCUGCAUUCGCAUUUGCAUUUGGGCUAGAGGUGACACAGUUAGCAUCCCCACCCAGAGUAGAGUCUCCAGUUGACCUAGAUCGGGGUUAUCAUGGCUGUGAGAUAGAGGUUACCGGGCGUAGACUCCCGUUUGCCUUUGUAUUUCUAGACAUGUCGAGCUUUGAUGUCAUCCUGGGCAUGGAUUGGUUGUCGUCAUAUCGGGCAGUGAUUGAUUGUUUUCGUCAGAGGGUCACAGUAUGCACCCCGGGUGGUAAUUGUUUUUACUUUCUAGGGGACCAGAUUGAUAGGGUCAUGUCGCCAGUAUUCGAUCCUCGUAGUAGAAAUGAGCUUAGUGGUCUUCUUGCUACUCUUUUAGAUGAUGAGAGUGGGGGAACUCGAGUUGAGUUGCCAAGGGUAGUGUGUGAGUACCCGGACGUGUUUCCUGAGGACUUUACUAGUUUGCCACCCCAUCGGGGGAUUGAGUUCACCAUCGAUUUAGUGCCUUGA